CAAACCCAGCCCGGGACACAAUCUGCGCCGCACAUCAAAAUCGGGCUCGAGUCGACACACGAGCGAAUCUGACCUAAACCCUAGCUCGCCUCCUCCUCCUCCUCCUCGCCGCCGCCGCCGCCGCCGUCGCCGUCGAGCACCACCCGAGCAGCCAUGGCGAAUCCGGCAGCAGCAGCAGGGCCGUCGGGGGGAGCGAGGUCGUUCCUGCAGGCCGUGUCGACCGUCACCGAGGAGGCGCCGUCGCCGCUCCGCGUCGUGCAGAUGGAGGGCCUGGCUGUCCUGAAGAUCAUUAAGCACUGUGAGGAGUUUGCACCUGCUCUAGUUACAGGCCAACUGCUUGGUUUGGAUGUUGGCAGUGUUCUGGAAGUAACGAACUGUUUUCCUUUCCCAAUGAGAGAAGAUGAUGAAGAGGCAGAUGCAGAUGGUGCAAAUUAUCAGCUUGAGAUGAUGAGGUGCUUGAGGGAGGUUAAUGUUGACAAUAACACUGUUGGAUGGUAUCAAUCUUGCUUGCUUGGAUCUUUUCAGACUGUGGAACUGAUUGAAACGUUUAUGAACUAUCAGGAGAAUAUCCGGAGAUGUGUGUGCAUCGUUUAUGACCCAUCUAGGUCAAAUCAGGGGGUUCUAGCUCUCAAGGCCUUGAAACUCACAGAUUCAUUCAUGGAUCUUUACCGUAACAAUGGUUUAACUGGAGAGAAGUUAAGAGAGAAGAAAUUGUCAUGGGUUGAUAUUUUUGAGGAGAUACCGAUUAAAGUUUCCAACUCUGCACUUGUCAGUGCCUUCAUGACGGAGCUGGAACCUGAAUCACCUGUUUCACAGUGUGAUUUUGACCGCCUUAAAUUGUCAACUGCUCCAUUCAUGGAAAGGAACUUGGAAUUUCUGAUUGGCUGCAUGGAUGAUCUUUCAUCAGAGCAGAACAAGUUCCAAUAUUACUAUCGCAAUGUCUCAAGACAGCAGUCACAGCAGCAGGCAUGGCUCCAAAAGAGAAGGCAAGAGAAUAUGGCAAGAAAAGCUGCUGGAGAGGAGCCAUUGCCAGAAGAAGACCCAUCCAAUCCCAUUUUCAAGCCGAUUCCUGAGCCGUCACGUUUGGAGGGUUAUCUUGUAACCAAUCAGAUCUCCAGUUACUGCAACCAUAUUAAUGGGGUUGCUGGUCAGAAUUUCAACAGGCUCUACUUAAUGAAGGCCUUGCAGGAGGACUAGAUGGCUAGGUGAUGAGUGGCAACUGUUAUGAUAUUUGACUUGCUAGAUGUCAAUUUUGCCUUGUGCUUUAUGCCUAUUAUACCUUUUGCCAAGAAAAGCCAGAGCCUAUUGUACCAAUCUUACGGAUACAAAGUCCGCAGUAUGAUAAAUUGAUUUUAUCGCUUGGUUGGGUCUCUUAUGGUGUUUAAAUCUUUCAGUUAACUCAAAUUGCUAUAA